AUGAUGCAAAAAUUGGGUGCCGAGGACUUUCGCGAACAAUGCAUGCACCUGGCCAACCUUUGCUUGCAGACGACCAGGCAAGUCGAAGAGAUUCUGGUGGCGGAUGGUGUUCCCACUGCGAUCGUUUCCGAAGAGCCUGGUGGAGACUUCUACAUCCUUGAGUCAGGGACUGAAGCUGAGUCUGGGGCCAUUACAGCUCCAACCCGCACUGCAGACCUGCGAGAUGCCUUCGUUGAUAGUGCCACGCAUGCAGAACCACGUGAGGUACUUGUCGAGGAUCCGUCAGUGUUUCUGCAAGAACCGCGAGAAGGUCAACUUGUUGCACGAAGGCAAAGUCUGGAGAGUCAGUUGCAACAGAUGAGGGCGGAGCAGGCGGGCCUUUCCCUCGCAGAAACGCUGCAUAAGCUGGGCUCUGCACUUCUCGACGAGAACGAAACCUGCCAGGAAAGGGAGGAAAGCCAGAUUCACGACGAGAGGGAAGCUCAAGAUGCCAGACAGGCGUUGGAGUACUUGCACCAGAGCUUGCAGAUAAAGAGCUGCUUGCACGAAGGGGCGGAUGGGCUCAGCAUAGCUCAAACGUUGUAUGAGCUUGGCCGCGCAAGCAGCAUCCUCAACUUUCCAGAACAAGCCAAGCGGUACUUUCUCGAUUCCUACAUGAUGAUCCGGCACCUGCACCGUGGCGAUCGCGAAGUUCUUGUGACUUUGUACCGCCUGGGCAACGAGCAUUUUCUGUCCCGGGACUUCCGGGAAGCAAAGAUCGUUCUGGAAUUGGCUUUGAGUUUGGCAGAAGGCCUCUGGCCUGGUUACUUAGAUGGCUCCGACGAAUAUGACAGCGACCCUUCAAAAGCACAAGACCGAGGCCAUAGGCCGCAGGUCUGCAAGCAAUGUGCACGUAGCGCAUGA